UGACAGCAUUUAUGAACCAUCAACUUUGCCUCUGGCAGCACAUUAGCUGUUCAACAUGAUCACUGUAAAGCUCUUGCUGAGGGUUUCCCUCUUCUGCUUGCUGCUGCUUCUGGAUGUUUAUGGCUCUCCAGUGAAAGGCUCAAAAUCUCAAGGCCAAGGCAGACCUAGUGACUCUGGAGGAGAUCAUGGUGUCUACCAUGCUACUGGCUACUCUGCAUCUGGCUCCUACAGGCCAUCUGGAAGUGUUUCUAAGCCAGUGGCAAAACAUCUAGCUCAGCCCCAGUAUGUUCUGGCCCAGCCUGUGCCCUUAGGCCGGCCCUCGUCUGUGCCCAUAGCAGGAUAUACUGCAAGCAGUGGUUCACUAGUCCAACAAGGAGGCUCUGUUGUUGGCUCACACCUACCAACCCUGGCAGGUUCUAGGCACCUGGUUCCUCUUCCAGCAGUGUAUGCUAGCAGUCCUCCACAACCUGGAACUCAGGCUAACUUGCACAAGAUGCAGUGGGCUAUUGCCCCUCAAGCCUUUGAGGAAGCCACAAGAAAUACCCAGCCUCAAGGUUUGAGCAUUGUUGGGCCACCACUCCCUCCAGCACUUUCUGCACUGGCCCUUCAGUCUGGAGACACUUCUAAUGUUGUGAAGGAGGCCAAGAUUGGGAACUACCAGCAGCCGAUAGAGGAGUUUGGUUACCCAUCUGACCGUGUGGGGCCUGGUCUGGGUCUUCCACCUGUUGCUCUGCCAGCUUCUGGUGUGGGUGGCUUGUGGGGCUUCCCUCCUCCCUACACUUUUCCUUGCCCCUUUCACUACCUUUACCCUGGUUUUGACUACAGGCUCUUGUAUGGACUGUACCCUCCUGGCACCUACACUACCUUAAGCAAAUACCACGAGAAGGGCAAAGACUAUCAGAAAGAACAUGGCUCUGAUGCUCCACAGAGCCCUGGCUCUCAGCAGCAACAGAGGCUUAAGAUGCCACUUUAAGUCUUUGUGUUACAUAAUGCAAAGGUGGGUUAACAGUUGUAACAUACUAAUGUAUCUUGCCAUUGGCUUAACUUUAUUUUCUCUUGUAGAUGGAGUCUUAAGGAUGUACCAUGUCUUUUAAUAAACGUUUCCUCCAACAUCUUC